AUGGCUUUUAGUGCUCAUAGAGUUCUUAUCCUUCUUAUAUGUAUUGGUUUCAUAGCAGUCCAACCUGAUAAAGUUUAUGGCUUGUCGAGUGUAGAGCUGGUCUUCAGACACAACCAAAAAGCUCAAGGGACAGUGCCACACAGCCAACGUAUUCUUAAGGAUGUCAGCAUGCAGGGAAUGAACACAAAGAAAUCAGCACAUGCAAACAAGACAUUUGAUCCAAGUCAAUCGAGCAAGAGAAGAGUACGGAGAGGAUCAGAUCCUAUCCACAACAGGUCUUGA